AUGGCUAUGGAUAUAAUAUUUAGAAAUAUAACAAAUAUCUAUUUUGAUUAUAGAAGGGAAAUUAAGAAAAAAAAAAAUAGAUUUAAAUUAUCAACAUAUGAAAAAUUGGAUGAUGAAGAAUCAGGUAAAGAAAUUUUACUUCGUCAAAAUGAAGACAUUGAAAUGCAAAAACAAAUAAUGUUACCACCCUAUUGGAUAGAAAAAAUUGAAGAGUGUUCAGAGGAUAUAAAUAACAUAAAAAGUAAAUUAUUAGACCUUCAAAAGUUACAAAAAAAUAAGCUUUUGAAUGUUUUAAAUAAAGAUGAAAAGCUGACUGAAAAUAUUACUAAUAUGUCAGCUGAUAUAACAUUUUUAAUAAAAAACUGCGAAAAAAAAAUUCAAAGCAUUUCGAAUGAUGAUGAAGAUGAUAAAAAUAACUUAAUUGAAAAAUUGAAAAAAAAUGCUAAACACAGUCUUGCAUCUCAACUACAAUCAUUAUCUCAAACUUUUCAUAGAAAACAAAAAAUAUAUAUAAAGGAAUUUAGAAAGUUGUCAAAUGAAUAUGACCAAAUUGAAUCAUAUCAAAACUUUGAUGGAGAGGAACAGCUAUUUUAUGAAAAACCCAACGAAGUUACUUCAGUGAAUAUUAAUAAAAGAAAUAAUGAUUUAAAAAAAAUAGCUGAUACUGUAAUUGAUUUGCAUAAUAUUUUUAAAGAAUUAUCUGUUAUGUUAGUUGAUCAAGGUUCAUUAUUAGAUCAAAUAGAUUAUAAUAUAGAUAUCACAUUGGAUAAAAGUGAACAAGGAUUAAAUAAAUUAAAAAUUUUACAAAAAAGAGAAAGUGAUAAAAAAGCCAAAAAAUGUAUAUCCUUUCUUACUUCUUUAAUUUUUGUUUUAUUAAUUUUAAUUAUUAUAAAACAUUUAUAUUAA